CAUGAAAUGAAGGAUGGAGGCAUAUUUGAAGUGUAUCACUUGAACGUGCUGUUUGUGUGUGAUGUUUCGCUAGACAUAAAAUACCCCCUGUAUUUUUCUAUUCGAAGGGUACGACACAGAGUUCUAGACAUGUUUUGUGGUUAUCAAGAAGGGGAUUUUCUGUUGCCUAAAGGCGGAGCAAAGCUAGCCUCUCUCUUUGAUCUGGAUCAGGCUGCCAGUCAGGGCAACGAGUCCUUCCAGUUCAGAGCCCCCAAACAGCCGAAGAAAACCCCCACCGCUCUGAGCCCAUCUCCUCAAAAGCCUGCACCAACUCCUUCUGUCCUUUUGGCUACUGCUGUUCAUGCAUUCCACUUUGUGAAUGGCCAGUACACAAAACAGGGGAAGGUGGGAGCUGCUAUCCUGGGAAAUCAUCCAACCAGAGAGUACAUGAUCCUGCUUUAUGGCAGCGAACAGAAACCAAUCACAACUGCCAAGAUCCAUCUAGGAUUCAUCUUCACAGUUCAGCCAGGUAACUAUGGAACAUUCUACGAUGACCUGAGGCAAAACUGGUCCCUGAUGUUUGAGUCUGAGAAAGCUGGAGUGGACUUUUGCAAAGAGCUGUGUGUGGCCAGAUGGAACAGUGAGACCACUGUAGAUACACUACUGACCCAGGACCUGCUGUUAGGAGAGGGACCGGCGGUGGACUAUGGUGACACGGUAGAGGUGGCCUUCACAGGCUGGCUUCUACAGAACCACAACAUCGGACAGAUGUUUGACUCCAACGUGGGCAAAGACAAGCUGCUGAGAGUGAAACUUGGCACCGGCAAAGCCAUUAAGGGAUUGGAGGACGGGAUGUUAGGGAUGCAGAAAACUGGGCGUCGCCUCCAUAUUGUGCCCCCCACCCUAGGCUAUGGGUCAAAGGGCAUCCCCAACCACGUCCCCUCCUCCAGCACACUGGUCUACAAUGUGCAGAUCUGCCGGGUGAAGUUUGCUAAGGACAGUGGGUCAGAGCGACAGAGUGGGGGAUUAACCACCAACUCUCCCUCCCCAAGUGUGGACAGUCUGAGCUUUGGGAUGUCCCCUCAGUCUCAGCCCCCCAGCUCUAUCCCAGCAGAGCCCAGGGGAAAGCCUCUGAAUGUGAAAUCCAAUUCAAUAAAUGAGCAACUGAUGCUGUUGGAUACAGCCAAAGCCAAGUUGAUCUCUCAUAUGGCCAAGAUGGGUCAGCCCAUGCUGCCCUUCCCAACAGGAGCCAUCUCCGCCCAGCCAGACCACAGUGACUCCAAGACAGAGGACCCAAGUGAAUCUCACCCUUCACAUCACUGUCUGUUCCCCCAGCCCGUCCAGAUGUCAGCUGCAUCCCCUGUCCAUGCAGUGCCUGAGGUCGUUGUGCCAACAGCUGCCCAGCAACCAGUGUUUAUGGAGACAGUGGUCCCACAGGCUGUGGACUGUGGUGGGAGCAGUCAUGCAUUCCAGCCAUACCCAUCGUUUCAGUCUGCCUUUGGUCCGUCCUACCUUGGUCAGUUCCACCCUCAUCAUGCAGUUUCAUACCAGGCACCUAGUGAUGUCACUUCCUUGUUGAUGACAGAGGUGCGACAGCACAACACUGAGAUCGGACAGGCUGUGGGGAAAGUGGCAGAUAAAAUCAAUCUGUUGGUCUCCAAGGUGGAUGAGCUCCAGAAGCAUGGUGGCGGCAACUCUCUGGGUCUGUCCUCGGUCUCCAUGGAAACAGCCAUGAUCCUGCACAACAUCCAGAGAAUCACCCAGGAGAACUUGUUUCUAAAGAAGGAGGUUCUGGAGAAGAGCACCCGAGUGGAGGAGCAGAACUGGAAGAUCAGAGAACUCCUCGAGCAGAACCAGAGGUGUAUGGAGCAGAGUGGUUUACUGUUGGAACAGAGGAAAGACGUGCUGAAGACCAGCAACCAACAGGACCAGACCAGCCUACUGGAGGCAGAGCAGGGCAAGCCGCACCUGACAGAGUACCUAGCCGCCUCCUCUACCCUGGUCUCCAAGCUUCAGCUGGAGUCGUCCUCUCUGCAGCGCUCUGUCUCUGACCUGCAGACCCAGCUCAGCCAAGUCCUGCAAGACAGGGACAGCCACUGUACUCAGUUCAGCUCAUUAGAGAGACUAGUAGAAGGGCUAAGGAAGGGGGAGGGGAGGGUGCAGGCCCAGUGGCAUGCAGAGAAACUGAAACGUAAAGAGAUGCAGCUGACAAUCGCCAACACGGAGGAGGAGCUACAGGACCUGAGGGCUGGGAAAGGCAACCUGGACAAGAUGCUGUCGGAGAGGACGUGGCAGUGUGAGCAUCAGCGUCUGUCUGAGGAGGUGAGGAGAAGCAGCCAGAAGGAAACUGACCACCUGAGGGCCAGGAGAGGAGAAGUAGAUCAGGGGGAACAGGUGGUUCUGGAUAUGGACUGGCAGUAUGAGAAGGAACUACAUAGCCAUGAGCUAGCAGAAAUCACACAGCAGAGAGACAUUCUGGCCAGGACACUGUCAGAACUACAGGAACAGUAUAUGGCAGCACAGAGCAGGGCAGAGACCACCAGGAAGCAGCUAGAAAUGCUAUUGGUUGAGCAGGAGAAGAGACAUGCCCAGCAGCCCAAUCAGGAUGCAAUGGCAGAACAGGUGAAGAGUGUGAUGAACGGAGUGUUCCAUUCUCUGAGAGGGGAGUUCGGCCUGCACCAGUCAUACCAAGGAAGCGAUGUCCUAGGAGUCAUGCUUAGCACCAUCAAGAGUGUCACCCUGGAUCUGCUAACAGCCCACAAUUCAGAGGAAGAAGAAAAGGUGGAAGAGGAGGAGAAAUGGACAAAAGCUGUAGAGUAAAAUAGGAGGGAU